UUUAAGGAACUUUGUUUAUAGUUUGAAGUCAGCUGAUUCUGACAGACGAAAAAAGAAAAAUAACAGGAAUAUUUUGAGUUUCUUGAUUGAGUAAGAACCAUGGCAAGUCGUGGAACAACAGAGACACAGAAGUUGCGACAACAGCUAGAAGAACAGUUAGAUCGACUAGUGGCUCAACUCGCAGACUUGGAGGAAUGCAAAGGAGAACUGGACCCCGAAGAAUACGAUGAGGUUCACAAAGACACGAUUGAACAGCUGAAUGAAUUCCAGGCGUCUCUAACGCGCAUGAGCAGUGGGAACAUGACUCUUGUUGAUUCCCUGAGUGCUAUGCAACUGGCAAUACAAGCAGCCAUCUCCCAGGCCUUCAAGACACCAGAAGUGAUUCAGAUGUUUGCGAAGAAGCAACCCGAUCAGCUGCGUGAAAAGUUGUUCCAGAUUGAGAGAGACCAGAAAAUUGGGAAACUAACCAUGGAUUCUUAUACACAACAAAAGCUUGAGAUCUUGAGUGCACUGCAAAAAUUGGGAGAGACACUGGAGGAAGGAGAACAAAGCUUCUUAGAUGCCCAUGCUUCAUCCCUCAUGAAAAACUUUGAUCAGGUCACUGAUGAUGGAGGGUCAAGUCAGAAGGUCCUUGAAAUGGCUCGACAGGGACUGCAAUAAACUCAACAAGAUUUAGCUUUAUUUACAAUUUUCCAAAUGGAAAAAAUUUACUCUGUAAUUUCUUUCAUAAACCUCUGGAUGUUUUUCCUGCAGUUCCUAUCUGUUACUAUGUCUAUGCAUGACAGGAAAAUUUUAUACAUAAGUUAAAUUAGAUUUCUUAUCAAGAGUAACAGGAUUACUAAGUAGAAAGAGUAUGUUCAAGAAAGGAAAGGACAUAUUUCCAUUCCAAUGCACUUUGUAUACAGCCACUUUCAGCGUUCAGAUUAUACGUGCCUUUCUGAAAACAACAGGGAACAUGAUUUAUAUAAAAGUAGGUAGAUUUGUGUCUCGGUAUGUUUAUGGAAUUUUGAAGAACUACAAAUGAUUUAGAAAUUAGGUGAUUCUCAUAAUGAACAUCAUGUAAUUUUUAUAAUUCUUUUUCUUAUGAGCCUUAUACGUCUUUUUGACUAUUAUCCAAAGCAUUGUUUUUUAUCUAUCAAGUGGGUGAUAUGACAGAAUGUUGCAGCAUAUAAUGAUUAUGCUAUAUAUUUUGCAGUAGAGAAAGCAACAAGUUAACUGAUUGAUCUUCCAUCCUCAGAUACAUGGGAUUUGUGUAAUAUUUUAGUCUUUAAAAAUGUAGGUGGUAAUGAUUUUAUUUUACUUUGAUGUGACAUUUAAUGAUGGUGAAGCAGCUGAUACUUGUUAUUGUACAAUUAUAGUAACAUUUUACAUUUUCUUUUAAUAUAAGUGUGCAAAAAAAUAAAGAAUCAUAUUUUUUUUUUCUACUUUGCCAUAUCAAACUAUGAUGCUACUAUUAGGCACUGUCUUUCACUUCUGUAUUCUACUAACAUUAGAACUAGUACAGAAGAAUGUAUUUUUGUACCAGUUAUUAGCAUAGGUUUCGGCUGUGACAGCAAGUGUAGGAAAGCUAGUCGUGUGAGGUGUAAAUUAUAAACUGUUCAUGGUGACAUCUGUAGGAAAGAUAUGAAUGAAAACAGAUAAUUUUACAAUACAACAUAUGUAAGUAGCAUUUUGAUAUUACAUAAAAUGAUUGAGUAUAAA